AGAGAGUGCGGGGUGCGGCCGGCCCAUCCCGAUGGCCCCCUCCGCCCCCAGUAGUCCGCCGCCGCCCCCACUCCACACACGCAGCAGAGCAUGACCCUCCCUCGGCCCCGAGGCUCCUGUCUCAGCUGAUCUUUCCCGCGAAGGGAGAGGCCGGCGUUCGUAUUUGACAGAUGGGGAAACAGCGGCAGAAAGGCCGGCACUUACUUGCCCGGGAACUCACAGCUAGUCACGGGCAGAUCGGGAUUUGAAUCCAAGUCUCCUAACCGCCCUCGGACUCAGGCGGGCUAGCGCUUCCCAUCCCACCGCACCAAAUAGCUUGUCCACCUCUGGGUGGGGAUGGGGGGCACCCACCUCUCCCUGAGGGGUUCUGAAGCCGGCCUUCUUCAUGAGUGGUGAGAUGUGAGGGACCCCCACCCCCACCCGAGCUGCCUGAAAUUCCGCCAUCACAGCUACAUUCCUUUGGGUUAAAGUCUAAUUCCCCCGUGGGAUGCACAUGUCUCCAGAACGGGGCUUGCCCUUAGUGAUUCACUGCUUGGUAUGAACGUCCACGGCAGCUCUCCCAGGACCCUACGGUGCUGGUGACUGGGGCUGAGAGGAGGGAGAGGAGCACCCCAGAGCCCAGCCCUGUGAGCUUGUCUGUUCGUGCGUGGUAGGGGUGCGGGUGGGGGUCGUUGGAGGUGGUUAGGGAGGGAGAUCUUGGCCUGGUGUAGUGGAAACGUUUGCUUUGGAGGCAUUCAGACCAGAUUCUGAAUCUGUCUGCUCUUUACUACCUGUGUGACUUUGGAGCCAUGAGCCACCAGAUCCUGCCGCUCCUGGCCGUGCUGACCCUGGGCCUGGCCACCUCCCAGCAGCGAGACAAGGUGCCCUGUAAGAUGGUCGACAAGGAGGUCUUGUGCCAGGGUCUUGGCCUGCUCCAGGUCCCCUCGAUGCUCCCGCGGGACAUCGAGGCCCUCGACCUCUCUGGAAACCAGCUGCGGAGCAUCCUGGCCUCACCCCUGGGUUUCUACACGGCACUGCGACACCUGGACCUGAGCACCAAUGAGAUCAGCUUCAUCCAGACGGGGGUCUUCCAGGCCCUGCCCCACCUGGAGUACCUCAACCUGGCCCAUAACCACCUGGCGGCAGGCACAGUGCUGAGCGCCCCCGGCCUGGGCCCCCUGCCUCGCGUGACAUCUCUGGACCUGUCGGGAAACAGCCUGUACAGUGGCCUGGCAGAGCGGCUGCUGGGGGAGGCGCCCGCCCUGCGCACCCUCUCGCUGGCGGAGAACAGCCUGACCCGCCUGGCCCGCCACACCUUCUGGGGCACGCCUGCGCUGGAGCGGCUCGACCUCCACAGCAACGUGCUCAUGGACAUCGAGGACGGGGCUUUCGACGCCUUGCCGCGCCUGGCCCACCUGAAUCUCUCCAGGAACUCCCUCACCUGCAUCUCCGACUUCAGCCUCCAGCAGCUGCGGAUACUGGACCUGAGCUGCAACAGUAUUGAGGCCUUUCAGACGGCCCCCGAGCCCCAGGCCGAGUACCAGCUGGCCUGGCUCGACCUGCGCGAGAACAAACUGCUUCACUUCCCUGACUUGGCCGCGCUCCCGAGACUCAUCUACCUGAACGUGUCCAACAACCUCAUCCGGCUCCCUGCAGGGCCAGCCCGGGGCAGCGAGGGCAUCCACGCGCCUUCUGAGGGCUGGUCGGCCUUGCCCUUCUCGGACCCCAGCCGGAACGCCAGCGCCCACCCCCUCUCCCAGCUCCUGAAUCUGGAUUUGAGCUACAAUGAGAUCGAGCUGGUCCCUGAAGGCUUUCUUGAGCCCCUGACCUCCCUUCGCUUCUUGAAUCUCAGCCGGAACUGCCUGCGAGCCUUUGCGGUGCCGCACGCCGGCUUCCUGCCUUGCCUCGUGCACCUGGACGUCAGCCACAACGCGCUGGAGACGCUGGCGCUGGGCUCCAGAGCCCUGGGGUCCCUGCGGACGCUGCUCCUCCAGGCCAACGCCCUGCAGGACCUGCCCCCGUACACUUUUGCCAGCCUGGCCAGUCUGCAGAGGCUUAACCUUCAGGGGAACCGGGUCAGGCCUUGCGGGGGGCCGGGGGAGCCUGGACCCCUGGGGUGUGUGGCCUUCUCGGGCAUCUCCUCCCUCCGCUUCCUGAACCUGGUGGACAAUGAGAUGGAGCGGCUGCGGGCGGGCGCCUUCCUCCACACGCCACUUACCGAGCUGGACCUCUCUGUGAACCCGGGGCUGGAUGUGGUCUCAGGGGCCCUGGCAGGCCUGGAGGCCUCCCUGGAGGUGCUGGCCCUGCAAGGCAAUGGGCUGGCUGUCCUACUAGUGGACCUGCCCUGCUUCAGCUGCCUUAAGCGUCUCAAUCUUGCCGAGAACCGCCUGAGCCGCCUGCCUGCCUGGACGCAGGCCGUGUCCCUCGAGGUACUGGACCUGAGGAACAACAGCUUCAGCCUCCUGCCUGGCAGCGCCAUGGGCGGCCUGGAGGCCAGCCUCCGGCGCCUCUACCUGCAGGGGAAUCCACUGAGCUGCUGUGGCAACGGCUGGCUGGCUGCCCAGCUGCACCAGGGCCGCGUGGACGUGGACCCCACCCAGGAGCUCACCUGCCGCUUCGGCUCCCAGGAGGAGGUGGCCCUGAGCCACGUGCGCCCCGAGGACUGUGAGAAGGGGGGGCUCAAGAACGUCAACCUCAUCAUCAUCCUCACCUUUGCGCUGAUCUCGGCCAUCCUCCUCACCACACUGGCCACCUGUUGCUGCGUCCGGCGGCAGAAGUUCAGCCAACAGUACAAAGCCUAGAGGAGCCGGGGGUGCGGAAGAGCUCAGGAGGGGGACCUUCCCAGGUCAGCGGGGGAGCCGGAGGCACAGGCAGGGCUGGGGACUGACCCAAGGUCACACGGUGAGCCAGGGUCUGAGAACACUGGUCUCUACAUCCCAGCCCAGGGCCCCUCCUUUCCUUAUGUCCUGCUUCCUUAUGACCCACUUCCCAGGCCACACGUGUGGUCCGGCUGUGGAAGCCGCAAGUUGGGCAGUCUCAGGAGUGGCAGAGAACAAGGUCGACCUGUCCGAUCAACAGAUCAUCUGUUUUGUGUCACAUCCUGCUCCGGGCACUGGGGAUGCCGGUGGAGGAGACACAUCCCUGCCCUUGAGCAGCUCCGAGUCCUGGUGGGGAGGUGGUCGCGAAGCCACGACGCAGUGACCACGCCGUGUGGAUGGCUGGGGCUCCUGGGCACUGUAGCCCCAGUGGGCGGAGACAUGGAGCGUCCUGCCCCUCCGGGGCCAGAGCACAGGAGGGGCAGGACCCAGAAGACUGGUCUGAGAAGUUUCCAAGCAGACUGUUUGUCACAUCUUCCUAUAAUGACUUUCAGCUUCUCUGGAACACGAAGAGCUUGUGACCGGAAGGGAACUGGAGCCACAUGAGGUCUUGGAUCCAGCUGUGUGGCUCUGCGAGCCGGGGUUUCUGGCCCCAGCGCUGGACCAUUCCAUUUCCUGCUCCGAACGGGCUCUUUCCCUGCCUGGCACUCUCAGGGUGCGCAUACUCGCCCGAAUACUGCUCUAGCCCCUCCCCGGGCACCCUGUUCGUCCCCAGCGCCCCCUGGCUGGUGAGCCAGGAGUUAGAACCUUAAGCACCGGGUCUGUUUGGCACAGGCUUUUUGGCAGCUGGAACAUGUUUGCCUCUUUAUGGCAGCCCUCUGACAUUGGUAUUUCACCCAUUUUACAAAACUCCCGAGCUCUGCCUCCAGGGUCCUCCAGCUAAGAAAUGCCAGACCCGAGAUUCAGGUUCAAAUCCUCCUGUCCCCAAGGCCCGACCUUUGCCACUGUGGGGGCUAUCGGCUGUUAGGUGGACAGGAAAUGGCCCCGUAUCGAGGGAGCAGGGCCUGGGAGCCUCCUGGGCUGCACCUCCCCACCCACUCCUCUCCCUCCUCUCUCCCAGGCUAGGCAGACACAGGCCGUCUCCUCCUCUGUCUCAGUUUCCCUUACUCCCUUCUUUGCAGACUGGUGUGUGUUCACCAUUUUCUCUCGCUCUUGCAUUCCCUCUUCCUCCACUGAGCACAGCCUGGAGUUUGAGACCAUGGAGUCCAGCCUCCCCAUUGCACAGAUAGGGAAACUGAGGCUGAGGAAGAGACUGGAACUUGCUCAGAGCUUCACAAGCCAGUGGCAAAGCCUGUGACAAAAGUGGAUUCAGACCUCAUUGGGGGUGUGAAGGGGAUUUGGGGUCUGGACCUGAGUGAUUUCCUUCUAUCUCAGCUGUCCUAUCACAAGAUAACACUGGCUCCAAACACUUUCGGGUCCUCGUCAUGCAGGAAAUUUUUCCUCCUAGAAAAGUGGGUGGAAAAACCCAUCUAGAUAUAACCCCCUAUUUCUUUUGCCCUUGGAUUCAUGGGCUGUCCAGGAAGCCCUGGGGUCAGCCCAAUGCCCUCUGGUGUUGUCUUCACUAUCUUAUCCAUGCUUGGCCCGUGGUCUGGCUCAGGAUGGUGCUUGGUAAAGUGUGAGACAAUGAAAACACCCCUCUCUCUGCCCCAUUUUACAGACAAGAAAACUGAGGCUCAGAGAGGGUCAAGGACUCAGGGAGUCAGUGGCAGAGCCGGGGCUAGAAGCUGGUGUCCUGGCCCCAGCCUGGGGCCCUGGUGGUGUGUGGGGCAGCCAGGUGGACCCAGUCCUGGUUGGGAUCACAACCACAGGUGCUCGCUGCACAGAAACACUCUAACUCAGGCCUGGGGGGCAAGGUGUGGGCCCCUUCAGGCCUGAUCUUUGAAAACACUACACAAUGCUGCUCUCACCUCCAGGAACUAGGCUACAACCCGGGCCUGGGGACCAGCUCUUUGUAUAACCCACAUGAAUGUAUU